CUUGCGCAGCAGUUCCUCCGCGUCCUCCGCCGAGCGCGAAUCCAGUCUGAGAGAAGAGUGUGGGGAAACGGGCUUCUUGCAUCCACAGCAGCCUUCUCUGCUUCCAGCGAUGGAGAGGGAGGUCAGUUUUCGCCCAAAGUGGCACAGUUUGUCGCUUUGGUUUUUGCUUUUCUGCUUCUUUUGUGCCGCAGAAGCUGAGAUAACUUGUAAGUCAUGCCAGCCUGGGAAUAAGUGGCGUGCACGGGAAUUACUCCUGAAAUUCGACACAAGUGAUUCUGCAACAGGAUUAAAAGGAGAAGUUUUGAUGCACGGGGGAUCCGAGGCUGCAAGUGGCGAAAGUCAGCGGCUCCGUUGCGCGUCUGGGUCCGCUGAAUGCGCUCCGGAUCGGGCGGAAUACACACAGCAGAAGCUCAAGCGGAAUACAGGCAACCGGCGCGUAAAAGGCGAAACUGCCAUCAGCGAGUUUGCAAAGAUGAAAGUUUCUGAGGACAAAAUGAGCAGCCAGGACAGAGGCAGGGAUGCAGGUUUUGCCUCCGCGAGCAGGUACAGGAAGCGCGCCAGAAGAGAGAGUGAUGGCAAAGUCAGAUCCCCUGAUUCAGCCCAGAGACAAGACCCGGGAGAGGGCAGAGGCAGAGUGACGCGCUCCGAGCUGCGCUGGAGCGGAGAGGAGAGGAGAGCCGCCGGUGCGAGACAAGAGGAGCUGAAACUUAACAGCACCAUGUUCGCGUUAACGGGAGAUUCAUCUCACAACCAGGCUAUGGUGCACUGGUCCGGCCAGAACAGCAGUGUGAUUCUGAUGCUGACCAAACUCUUUGACUUCAACCUGAACAGCGUGACCGAGAGUUCCUUAUGGAGGUCAACUGACUACGGAGCAACGUACCAGAAGUUGAACGACAAAGUGGGAUUGAAGACAAUACUCAGCUACCUGUACGUGAGCCCCAACAACAAGAGAAAGAUCAUGCUGCUGACUGAUCCCGAGGUGGAGAGCAGCCUCUUGAUCAGCUCUGAUGAAGGAGCGACCUACCAGAAGUAUCGACUGAACUUCUACAUCCUCAGCCUGCUGUUCCAUCCCGAGCAGGAGGACUGGAUUCUGGCCUACAGCCACGACCAAAAGCUUUACAGCUCAGUGGAGUUUGGGAGGAGGUGGCAACUGGUGCAUGAAAGGGUGGCUCCCAAUCGCUUCUACUGGUCCAAAAUGGGUUUGGACAAAGAGCCCGGCCUAAUCCACCUGGAAACCAGCAUCUCUGAAGGACAGGCGCUCUACGUCACCUGCAAGCUGCAGAACUGCACUGAUGCCAACAAGGGCAAACCAUUCCCUGGCUACAUUGACCCCAAUUCUCUUGUGGUGCAAGAUGAGUAUGUGUUUGUCCAGGUGUCAACGGCGGGGCGGCCAAUCUACUACGUGUCUGCAAAAAGAGAUGUCUUCACACCGAUGAAGCUGCCCAAGUACACUCUGCCCAAGGACCUGCAUGUGAUCAGUACUGAUGAAAACCGUGUGGUUGCAGCCGUGCAGGAGUGGAAUCAGAAUGAAACCUACAACCUGUACGUGUCAGACACAUCUGGAGUCUUCUACACCCUGGCCUUGGAGAAUGUGGUCAGCAGCAUGGGCCCUGAGGGCAACGUCAUGGUUGACCUCUAUGAGGUUGCAGGAAUAAAGGGGAUGUUCCUCGCCAACAAAAAGACAGACAAUCAAGUAAAGACGCACAUCACCUACAACAGAGGCAGAGACUGGAGGUUACUGCAGGCCCCGAGCAAAGACCUGAAGGGAAACAGCGUGUACUGUGUCCUGCCAUACUGCUCAUUACAUCUCCAUCUCCAUGUGUCUGCAAAUCCCUACACAUCUGGAAACAUAGCCAGCAGGGAGUCGUCACCAGGGAUCAUUGUUGCAUCAGGCUCCAUCGGCGCUGAGCUGACCACCAGCAACGUCAGUGUGUUCAUCACCUCAGACGCAGGAAACACGUGGAGACAGAUCUUCAACGAGGAGUAUGCGGUGCUGUAUCUCAACCAAGGAGGAGCCUUAGUCGCAAUAAGACACACUCCGCUUCCCAUCCGACACCUGUGGUUGAGCUUUGACGAAGGGCGGCAGUGGAACAAGUACAGCUUCACCAACAGCCCUUUGUUUGUGGACGGGGUGCUGGGAGAGCCAGGAGAGGAGACGCUCAUCAUGACGAUAUUUGGUCACGUCAGUCAUCGGUCAGAGUGGCAGCUGGUGAAAAUAGACUUCAGGUCCAUCUUCAACAGGCGCUGUACGGAGGCCGAUUAUCAGACGUGGCACCUACACAACCAGGGAGAGCCGUGCCUCAUGGGAGCCAAACGAAUCUACCGGAAGCUGAAGCCCACAUCCAGGUGCGUUAAUGGGAAAGUGGCCUCUGUGUCGAUGGCGUCGGGCCCCUGUGACUGCACAGAGGCUGACUUUGAAUGCGAUUACGGCUAUGAGAGACGCACAAAUGGAAAGUGCACCCCGGCCUUUUGGUUCCAUCCUUCAACGAUGUCAAGGAGCUGCACCACAGGGAUGACUUUCCUGAACAGCACAGGAUACAGGAAAGUGGUCUCUAAUAACUGCACAGCUGGAAUCAGUGUGGAGUACACAGCCAGGAGGCAGCAGUGUCCCAUGCAAGCGCCCAAAGGUCUCCACCUGGUCACCAGUGAGGGCACGCUGUCGGCCGCACUGGGCACCAAUGUCACCUUCCUAGUUUUUCUGGAGGAGGGCGACGGGGCGAGGACGAGUAUCACUCUGGACUUUGGAGAUGGCAACACUCAGACCUACUCUAAUGUGAGCUCCAUUGAGGACGGGAUCAAACACAUCUACAAAGCUGUGGGAAUCUACCGAGUGACUGCCACUGGGGAGAACAGCCUCGGCUCAGAGACCACAAUGCUCUACUUGCAUGUGACAUGUCAGCUGGAGCAUAUCCAUCUCUCAGCUCCCUUUGUGGCGGUGAAGAAUAAAGAAGUGAACCUGACUGCAGUCCUGUGGCCCAGCCAAGUGGGAACUGUUACCUACAUCUGGUGGAUUGGAAAUAACACAGAGCCUCUAAUCACCCUAGAGGGAAGUGUGGCAUGCACGUUCUCCCGGGAAGGCAUCAGUACAGUCACAGUGCAGGUGUCUGCAGGGAAUACCAUUCUGCAGGACAGAAAAACCAUCGCUGUCCACGAAUAUUUCCGAUCCCAUCUGCUCUCCUUUUCAUCAAACCUGGACGACCACAACCCCGACGUUGCAGAGUGGAGGCUGGACGUGAGCCGAGUCAUCAAGAACGCUCUGAUCCAGGCCACAGGAGUGCGACAGGAUCAGCUUCUGGUCACCGUCCUGCCGGGGUUACCCACAGCAGCAGAGUUUUUCCUCCUCCCUGACAAACAGCUGACAGAGGGGAAACCAGACAAGAGCUCCGCUCAUUUAGAUCAGCUCUCUGAGGUUUUGCUCAGCGCCUUAAACCAAAACCUUGUGCAGUUCACGUUGCGGCCAGGGGUCCAAGUCACAGUUUACGCAGCACACCUAUCAGCAGCGCCCCUAGUGGACACCAGCGAGAACCACAGUGGCUCUGCCAUGCUAAUGCUGCUAUCAGUAGUGGUUGUGGGUUUAGCUGUAUUUGUCAUCUACAAAUUCAAGAGGAAGAUCCCAGGCCUCAACGUCUAUGCGCAGAUGCAGAACGAAAAAGAACAAGAAAUGAUGAGUCCAGCUAAUCCAACGGAGGCCACGCCCAGCUCACAGCGGGACUUGGUGCAUUCUUUGGAGAUACUGGACACAGAGUUCAACCUGCGGCCCAUCGGAUGUAUGAAACCUCAUGUACAUGUGAAAUUCUCCACAGAACUCCCCACAUACAUCGUCUAAACUCUGGGCUGGAUUUCCUCUCCAGCUGCAUCAUGGACAUUUUUUUACCAUUUGGGACACAAUGGUUUUGAGCUUUAUACCUGUGCAUGUUGGACCCUGCUGACACAUACUGUGCUCUGUUCAAACCAGAAGAAACUGUGUACAGGUUUUAACAUACUCUAUUUUUCUUUUAACAUAAUGUAUGUUGGAUAAAUUAAACAUUUUUAAAAUGCCGUUUAUUUAUAGAAGUCAGAAACCUUACUACAAGGGAACGCCAGCAUGAACUAGAGGGGGAAAAAUAAAAAAACAGUUUUGUUUUGCUUUCAUAUCUGAGAUUGGUUUGCUGUUGUAUGAAGCUGACAGCAGUAGUGUAUUAUUUAUUCAUAUGAAUAUACUUUUAAUAAGUAUGUUAUUGAAGUGAAUUACACAUUUAUUUUGUAAAUCAUGAAUGUCUAUGUUAUAAAUUUGUGUAUUUUAAUAACAAAUGUCAGACUAAACAGCAGUUCUGUUAAAAUAUGAAUAGGGUACUUCAAAGCUUUUGGUCCAUUGUCUCUUGGAAAGCAAAUUUAUGGCACAAUACACAUUUUCUACUGAGCUAUUUCAUUUUUUCUGAUUUUAAUUUAUUAACAGAAAUACAGGGUUUCUGGUUUGAUUUAACCUUUGCUGUUAAUCUAACGCUUCUGGUACUAUUUAUGAUACAUACCAGUUUGUAAAAUGUUUUGUGCUACAGAUAAAGAGACACUUGACAGCUCCAGGUACACUGUCGGAGUGCAAGUGGUUCCCAAAUAUCACCAAACCCAACACCUUUUAGGAUUAGAAGAAGAGCCUGACAAAGACGGCAGGACUAUCCAAUAAAGAAUUCCAAAACGGUCCUCGCCGCACCCCGAUCACAGCUCACAACUGGAGGCAGAGUCCGAACACCAAGGCUUGGAUUUAAGACGGUAGCUGAAAUGAGAUGCAGCUACUUUGUGGGGGAAUCCAAAGAGCAUGGCAGUGAGAAAGAGAGAAGUUAAGAGAGAUGGAAGAGUGCUUUUUGGGGUUGUGACGCACCAGGAAUGUUCAGUUGGACAGAAUAAGAAGAGGUUGAAUUGUUGAAUUCAUAAUGUGGCCAGUCAAGCUCAAGGCUGGUUAAGGUUGGCGACACAUUCAGGCUAAUGUCCUGACCCACUCUCUGGUAGCUCCCAUUUUCAUUCCAGCUCAUUAUACCACGCUGUAGGAGCAGGAGAAGUAGAGCGCACAUGCUACAAGGCUACACUGAUGGUUAGCGUGACUGUGGUCCUUGGCGUGUGAAAUCUGACAGAUGUAAAUGCCUGAUUGAUGCCUUUCAAAUCUCUGGAGGCAACUUCCCAGAUUUGUUUUUCCGCUCUUUAGUUUAAGGAGGUGUUUAAGUGCAGAGGGAGUUUGAUUUUUAUUAGUUUGAGAGAUCUUUUCUGCCUUAAAAAUUCAACUGCUGAUACACUUGCAACAGCCAGAAGUAUAACCACAAACACAAUAGGCAAGGCAACUUCAGAGUGCUUUAUGGAGCCAAAACAAGGCAUUUAAACCAUCAAGAGCCUCCAACACAUGACAUGGAUGUUAUUUUAGUAAUUACUGGAUAUUUGCAUGCCCCACAUGCCGACUUAUUCCAGCAGAGCAUUUUUGUGUGUUUUAACAAACUAGCUAUUGACAGUUACUAGGCCUGAGUGAUGUGGCCUGAAUAUCAUAGAUUUUUUGCCCUUUUUAUUAUAAAAUACAAAGAGAUAAUGAGUUUAAAUGCAUGUCCAGGGGUUACAACCCUGCCCCACCCCCCAAAACAAACCUGUGAUGGCAUACUGAAGUCAUGUCUGAACAUAAGAUCACAGAAAUGUUUUUAUAAGUCGCUGAUUUCCUGAUGUGGGCCCUCACAAUACUUGGGCAAAACACCAACUGCAGACUUUUAUUGUGAAGGAUUCGGCAGGGGUACCAGCAAGGGUUAUCACCACAGCAAGUUUCUUUGAAUCAUCGUGGCCUGAAACUAGCAAAUCAUCAGUUUAUACACACCCUUAACCAGAUGUUUAAGCCUCUGUAAUACAAGUCCCUGCAGUGCUGUUUGAAAGACAAACUGUCUUGAACCCAGCUUAUAUUAAAGUCCCAGACAUGCCGACAGAGACGCCGUAUAAAGCAAACACUCGCUUCAUGUUGCUGUUAUUACAGAAAUCAGACAUCAGGAGGAGAGAACACACCUUUUACCUCAUUACUGUGCUUCACAUUAACUGCACAGUCACAAAUGGGUGAUGUUUGGCUUUUUUUUUUGUUUUGUUUUGUUUUAGUGCCAGAGAAACAUGCUAAUGACUGGACUCAUUCACUUUUUUAAACUAACAUCAUCAUCAUUUAUGUCUCAUGUGUACCACAACACAACAUCAGUGUUUGAACCGAGGACGAUGGUAUUGCAGAAAUCCAUACCAUGGCAGGAAUUUUACCAGUGAGGGUUUUAUUACCUGUUUACAGCCCACCGCUAAUGGUUUCAUUUGCAAGCAUCACAGCUAGCUGCUUCAGUUUUGGAUUCAUCAUAUCACACAUUGGCUUUCAGAUCAAGGUGAAGAAGAAGAUGCAUAGAAGCAACUGCACAAGAGAAAAAAUUUGUAUUCAGCUGCUUGACCGGGACAAUAAUAAUACUGUAUUCAAAUACAUGUACCUUAAUAUGGAGAUGGCCCCCCUUUUUGCAGCUGUAAGAGCCUCCCCUCGUCUUGGAAGGCUUUCCACAAGAUUUUGGCGUAU